CUUACGUGUCUUGCAAGAAAACUGCCUGCGUUUAUUUGUUUGCCUAUUGUACCGCUCUCUGUCCUGGGGAGAUGGGAUCAAAUGAAGUAAAUACCCCUCAUGCAAGUUAAGGUUACCAACCUAACAUUUGUGUAUCACUACAUGUAGCCAGCGAUUAAUUUAUUGUAGAGCCAACUACUGCCUAUCAAUAAUAAUACCCCGAUCCAUCGCAUCCUAAUUAAACGGGAUUUUUUUUUUAAUACAUCAAUACCUACCGGUAGCUUACAGCCCCUAUUUACAGCUUUACUCUCACGAUGGAGCGUUACGAGUACGAGCCGUCGUACCCGAUUAGCCAUCCCGUCGACGAGAGAGUCAAGGACUUCAUAUCGCGGUUCUACGCCAUCUCCGACGACGCGUCCAAGGACGAGCAGUGGGUGGAUUGCUUCGCCUUCCGCGCCCACGUCAUUGUGGGGGAUAGGAGUGCGUCGGAUAUUAAGGGUACGUGAAGUUUUGAGAAACUACAUACCUAUCUACAUAAGGUACCUUGUGUAGGUAGGCACUUGAACUCGUAUCGAAAUGGAUAGUUAAGACAUACGUCUACCUACCUACCUCUAUUUAUCUAGUUGUUUGUAUUUCGAGGCGUAACGUGCGAGGUUACAUGCUUACUUACUCACUACUGGGCUACCUGUAAUAGGUAUCCGGGAUCUGCGCAAAGGCAUGUGGGAACAGGUGCUGGCGCGGAAGCACCGCCUGCUGAGGGUAUACCCGGUGACCUUCUACCCGGCGAGUGCGUACGCCGACGACCCCGCGCGCGCGCCCGCCGCCGAGUACAUGGUCGAAGGGGAGGUCUCGACGAUCGGGCGGAAGGAUCUCGAGUGCAAGGAGAUGUCGUGGGCGGCGCACGCGAUCCUGGUCGAGGAGCAGGGGCGGCUGAAAUACCGGGUCUACCAGGUCUAUCUGAACAAGAAGCACGGCACGUACGGCGACGACGACGAUCUGGGCGCGUCGCUGCGCGGUCGGCUGCGCGUGCUCGUGGGCAGAUGGCUGGGACCGUUUCUACUGCUCGCUGCGCUGGGUGUUUUAUAUAAGAUGUUCCUGGCUUAGGACCUUGAUCACGUCUACAUAUAUAAUGACUACCUAGGUACCUAACAUAGAUGAUUCUUCGGAUAUAUGUCUAGGUAUUACACAAUACAUUGAAUAGGAUUGCGCGGGUAUAGGAGCUACGUAAUCUAGUAACCUACAUGGUAGUUCAUGGUAGGAGGUUCCGUCUCAUCCGUUCUGUUGUACUGCUGGAUGCUAGGCGCUGGGAUGAUGCCAUAAUAUGAGUUUUGUUACGAUGGACGAUUUGAGUUUUUUUUUGUCGAAUUUGCUAAACCUACCUGUGCUGCACCCCUGGAGAUCUAAUCAUAAAUCGUACCUAAUGUAGUGUA